AGGAACAGCAGAUUAAAUGAAGCCACCAACAGCUAGCGUAGCGUAGUAGUAGUCAAUGGGAACGCUAUAUAUAUAUAUAUAUAGUCUUCAUCGUGCAUCGACUACUGCUUCCUUCCUUCCUGGCGGAGACAAAUUAAGACAGAGGGAGAGUAAAUGAGAGGAGCUAGCUAGCUUGGGCUUGAAACUGCCGGCCAUUAACUCUUUUGACUUUUACAGGUAGGAAGAAGCGGUUUCAGUGGUUGUUUUUUGCCGCCGAUACCGCUCGUGCCCUUCGGGCGUCUUAAAAACCCUAGUAAAUUGAUUUCAGCUUUUAAUUUGAUCGAGUUUGGAUAUGGCUUCGUCAGGCUGGCUUCGAAUCAGCUGCGUCUCCGCUGCUCUCCUCGGCGUUCUACUCUUCCAUGGCUCUUGUUUCUCCGAGAAAGCUCCAUAUUCCUCAUUUGCCCACGAUGCGACGGCGGCUCCUCCGGUGGAGUACUACGACUACAUCAUUGUCGGAGGAGGAACCUCCGGCUGCGCACUGGCGGCAACUCUCUCCGAGGGUGCCAAAGUUCUCCUCCUGGAACGAGGCGAUUUGCCCUACGGCCAGCCCACCAUCAACAACAUUGCCACCUUCGCCGCCACCCUCGCAAACAACUCUCCCUCGUCGCCCUCCCAGUCCUUCGUCUCCACCGACGGCGUCAUCAACGCCCGCGCUCGGGUCCUGGGCGGAGGCUCCUGCCUGAAUGCCGGCUUCUACACUCGCGCCAGCACGGCCUACGUGAGCCGCGCCGGCUGGGACCAGAGGCUGGUGAACGAGUCGUAUCAGUGGGUGGAGGGGAAAGUGGUGUUCGAGCCGCCGAUGUUGGAGUGGCAAUCGGCGGUGAGAGACGGGUUGCUGGAGGCCGGCGUGCUUCCGUACAACGGGUUCACGUUCGAUCACAUUUAUGGGACGAAGGUCGGUGGGUCGACCUUUGAUCGGGAGGGUCACCGGCACACCGCCGCCGAUUUCCUGGAGUAUGCCGAUCCGAGAAAGAUUACUGUGUACUUGAAUGCUGUCGUCCACCAGAUCUUCUUCACGGUGAAAGGACAACCGAAGCCAAGAGCCUACGGCGUGGAAUUCAGAGAUGCGAAAGGAACAGUUCACAAAGCAUAUCUUAACAGGGGCUCAAAGAACGAAGUGAUAUUGUCUGCAGGAGCCCUAGGGAGCCCACAGCUGCUGAUGCUGAGUGGCGUUGGGCCCAAGGAGCACCUCAUGGCCCACGGAAUACAGACGAUAGUGGACCAGCCCAUGGUUGGCCAGGGGAUGUCCGAUAAUUCCAUGAACGCUCUGUACGUUCCCUCUCCCCGACCCGUUGAGAUCUCUCUCAUCCAAGUCGUGGGCAUUACCCGCUUCGGUAGCUUCGUUGAGGCUGCCAGUGGCUCCCAGUUCGGCUCUGUUUCGCCCCACUCCAUUCACGAGUAUUUCCAAACGUUGGCCAAUCAGACAGGCGAGGACGACGCCAUCUUUUCUUCGGGCGAAGCCAAUUCGUUGUCGUUGCAAGGCGGCCUGAUCCUGGAGAAAAUCCUAGGCCCCGAGUCCACUGGCCAUCUCCUCCUCCACACCACCGACCCAAACGACAAUCCCAUCGUCACCUUCAACUACUUCCAGGACCCUCGCGAUCUGCAAAGAUGCGUCCAGGGCAUGAAAACCAUCAUCAAGGUCAUCGAGUCCAAGUCUUUCUCCAAGUUUCGGUACCCCCUUGUCACGGUUCAGGCCCUCAUCGACAUGAUGCUGGCCCUGCCGGUGAACGUCCGCCCGCGUCAUGUCAGCGCAUCAUUCUCUCUAGAGCAGUUCUGUGUGGACACUGUGAUGACCAUUUGGCAUUACCACGGCGGGUGCCAGGUGAGUAAGGUUGUGGACCGCGAUUACAGAGUGAUGGGCGUGGAAGGGUUGAGGGUUGUUGAUGGAUCUACCUUCAUUCGCUCUCCGGGAACCAAUCCUCAGGCCACUGUUAUGAUGCUUGGAAGGUACAUGGGCCAAAAGAUCCUGCAGCAGAGGAAGUGAUGGUACUGUUCUAUUUUAGUAGAGAGAUAUGAUGAUGAAUUCAGCAUGUAGUGUUAUUUAUUUUAUGUAUUUGUUAAGACGGCUUUUUAGAAAUAAAAAAACUACAAAAAAGUGGGUUCUUAAUUUAAUGGAAAAUUGCACUUUUAGUGCGUUUUUAUUUAAGCCAAACUGUUCGAUCGGUUUUUGUGUUGCAAUUAAUUGCUACUAAUUAAAACCAUGCAUCUAUUUUCCUAUAUAUGCUAGGUAAAAUAAUUAAAUUCAUAUGUAUCCCCAAUCUAAUA